AUGCCUCCACGUACCGUGACAGCAAAUUCUCACAACCACAACGGCGGUAGUGCGAAGAAUAACAGUAAGCCGAAUGCGAAGGGCUCACACGAUCACCCACGGUCGAAGCGGGACGAACAUGCAGCUGAGGAGACUGCCCCUCCAUCAGGGCCUAUCAUCAAGACACAGAUCACCAACACCACCAAGGCAUCUUCGGGCAAGAGCUUCCUUGAUGCACUGCGAGUCGGUGCCAGCAAGCGCUCGAACAAUAACACUUCCGCUGCCGUAGAAAAACCAACAGUAGCCACAGCCGUAGCGAAAACUGAAACAGUGGCGGCGGUUGUAGAACCAAAAACGGUCACCCCGGAGCCUGAGGUGACUACCGUAGAAAGUUUAGCCGUAGAGGUGAAUGCUGCAUCCGUCGAAGAAACGGCGCAGCAACUCGCCAGCGAACAGCCAGUUGUAGAGCAGAAUUCGGCGACCCCGACCCCGCCGGUCCAACAAAAAGAGCAGCAGCAGCAGCAGCCUGUUACUCUCCCAGAAUCUGAUGCACAUUUUAGUUGGGCCAAUGACGACGAUUACAGUUUUGUGAAUCAGUUCACACAACCACAUCGGGAGGAACAGGUGCAGGCAGGAGCCCCUGCCUAUCUUGUUCAGUACCCUCAGGACGUUAUUGACGCACAGGAGAAGGGCACUCGGGUCAUCUUCAAGGCUCCAGGUGAGAAGCAGACGAUGGCAAGUGCUGUGGCUGCAUUACAGAAGGAAAGCCGCGAGCUCCAGGAUUCGCGUCGCGUUUUUGAGGACUACUGCAAGCAGAGAGAGGCUGAGUUGAAUGAGAAACGUGCCCAGUUGUCUAAAUUUGAGCGUCAACUGCAGGAACAGAGUGAGAACCUUCAACAGGAGCGUGCAAAAAUCCUUGAGCAACAACAGAAACUGCAACAACAACAACAACAACAACAACAACAGCAACAGCAACAUCACCAACAGCAACAGCAUCAUCACCAUAUUCAGCAAUCACCGGUCCGCAGUGCUCCUGCGGCUCCUCCUGCACCGACACAGCACGGCCCACAGCCUGCUCCUGGUUACACGUACUCCCCUGCCAUGCAGGAGAACAUGCAGUGGUGUCCUCCGCCGCGUCCCGACAACUGGGCACUCGGCCAUGGCCCAGUUGUCCCACCGUACGAACAUAACCGGUAUUACCAAAACAUGAAUUACCAGCCACCUCGUGGAAAGUCUUUUGUUCCCAGGAGUGGUGAUAUACCUCCGCACAUGGGCCGCGGAAAUCCGAUGCGCUCGAACCCACACAUGCAGAGCAACUUUAACAACCGCCCAAUGGGAGCCGGAGAGAUGCGUGGACCCAUGCCUGACGGUGGCGUGAACCCCAUGUUCAACCAGCGUUCGCAGGCGGGAUAUAUGCAGACGAAUAAUUUUCACAAUCAGUGGUGA